GAACGUUCUAGUUCCCGCCUAGCAAAAGUUCCACGUAGAUAGGGAUUAGGAAUCGUUCUUACUUGCUAUUCAGCUAACAAUUUGAUUUUUGAAGAAAUUGCCGGUUAGAAAAUGGCCCUUUCUGUGAUAUACUGUGUUCUGCCCAGGAGGGUUCUCUUCAGCAUUUACACCGGUCAAGUUAAGGUUCACUCCUUCAGAAAACUCCUUUCACCUCCGGUUCCACACCGUCCGCGCCGCCGCUAUCGGUGCUAUUGCCAGUUGGUCUCCACGGUUGCGUCGUCAGCGGAUAUUUCAUCUUCUGUGAGCGACAGAGAAAGGCAAAUCAGAAGCCCUAAGCUAGUAGCAUUGGAAUACGCUGAUCUCAACCUCACCGAUAAGUUCUGCGAGGAGGUGGGUCAUGUCCGGAUAAGGCAGCAUGUUAACCCUUUGCGCUCUUCCCUCUUGGCUCCUUCCGAAGUGCCAAACUGGAGUGAAGUAUACAGGGACUCAUCGUUGCCGCUUAUGGUGGAUAUAGGCUGUGGUAAGGGGUAUAAUUUACAUGCCACAAUGCUUGUUCUUUGUGGAUUAUGUCCAAUGGCCCUCUUGCAUGUUACUGUAUUUUUCUAAGUUACAGGCGGUGGCAGAUUUCUGUUGUAUCUUGCUAAGCAAUGUCCUGAUUCCAAGAAUUAUCUGGGAUUUGAAAUUCGUCCAAAAUUGGUUAAGCGUGCUGUGUACUGGGCAAAUGAGCUAGGUCUCAAAAAUAUACAUUUCAUGUUUGCAAAUGCCACAGUUUCUUUUGAGAGAAUUGUGUCUACAUACCCUGGACCAUUGCUGUUGGUUUCUAUAUUGUGCCCUGAUCCUUAUUUCAAGAAAAAGCAUCAUAAGAGAAGAGUUGUGCAGAGGCCUUUGGUUCAAUCCAUAGCUGAUCGUUUAGCACAAGGUGGACAGGUGUUUAUACAAUCUGAUGUGCAUGAAGUGGCUAUUGACAUGAAAGAUUGUUUUGAUGGGAUGUCCAAGCUCCUUCACAUAGACAGUGUUGAUUCUAAUGUACUAUGUGACAGUAAUGGAUGGGUAUUAAAUAAUCCCAUGGGGAUAAGGACGGAAAGGGAGAUCCAUGCUGAAUUUGAAGGCUCCAAAGUUUACAGAAGGUUAUAUGUAAAAAAAGUUGAGCAC